AUGACCGUCGAUGCAGCAGACCGGCGCCGCCGGACCGACAUCCAACGCAAGUGGCGGCAGAAGCUGGCGGCCGAGAUCAAGGCGCUGCGCAGCGAAGCGAGCGCGCUCGAGGCCGCCUUGGUCGACCGAAAGGUCUCGACCACCGUGCUACCGUGGCGCGACGUCGCGCUGACGCUCGCUGACGACACGCGCGCGUCGGUGCACCGCAACCGCGUCUUGAAGCGCCAGUAUAACGCGCAGCUGCAACUGCUUCUCUCGCUAGCCCAGCGCGCGAGCAGCCUCGCGCGGCCGCUGCUUAGCUACGAAGCGUGGCACCACACGAGCCUCUGCGCGCCGGCGCACACUCGCCGGUGCGCGCUCGAGUGGUCGACAAACGCCAUGUUCUACAACACCAACGCGAUGCUCGAGAAGCACAGCGUUGCGUCAUCCGUGCACUUUGCCAACUACAAGAUCGCGGCCACCGAGAACAACGUCUUCGAGUACGUUUGGCACAUGCGCAAGACAGUGCCUUUGGCGUUCGAGCCUGCGCGGCGCCUCGGCCAAUACUGGGUCCAGCAGUACAUUCGAGGCGGCAUGUGGCCGCUCCUCGAGCCGUCGACCGACCUCGACGUCUAUGGCCUCGCACACACGAGCUAUGUGCACACGACGCGGCUUCGCCCCUUGGAGCACGUGUACUUUUUAAGUCGCGAGUACCACAGCGAUGCCCAGACCGUGAUUGUCGGCCAGACGAUGCACACGGAUGAGCUGCACCCGAUGACGACGCCGUUCCGUCAUCGCAUGUUCUGGUACCACGAGAAGAUCACCCGGUGGGAUCAAGUCACUGCGACGAUGUAGGUAUGUGCUCGAGUGCGUCUCGCCGACUUUGACGCGCGUCUCGAUCGUGCACGUGACGUCGCACCUCUGCACCGCGUCGGACGGCCCCGUGCCACUGGCUGCCGAAGCCGAGCUCAUGGGCUGCGUCCUCAGUGACCAUGGGAGCCACGUCGACCAAGUGACGCGCCACGCGAGCGUCGCGGCCGCGCGUGAGAUUGAAGGCAUGCUCCGCAACCUCGACUGCUAUGCUACGUUUUCUACUAUCGAUGCAAGCCAGCUGACCUAAUUUAACCUAACCCCCGAAACGGUGCGGGACUCUCUUGUGGACUAUGUUCGAGGGCCUUUGGUAGUACCUACUUUGUAGUACGCGCGC